UGUCGGGGACAGCGCCUUGGCAGAGGUUCCUUCCCGACUCUUCGGGGCCGGCGCCUCGGCCGCGGCCGCUCGAGUGCAGGUCAUCUUCUCCUCUGGCCCAGACUCUUUGAACUCCCUUCACUGCCAUCAUCUUCACCAGAAGAUGAAUAAUCUUUCAUUUAGUGAGCUAUGUUGCCUCUUCUGCUGUCCACCUUGUCCAGGGAAAAUUGCUUCAAAAUUAGCAUUUUUGCCGCCUGAUCCAACUUACACACUGAUGUGUGAUGAAAGUGGAAGCCGCUGGACUUUACAUCUGUCAGAACGAGCAGACUGGCAGUACUCUUCUAGAGAAAAAGAUGCUAUUGAGUGUUUCAUGACUAGAACCAGUAAAGGCAACAGAAUUGCCUGUAUGUUUGUGCGUUGCUCACCCAAUGCCAAAUACACUUUACUCUUCUCACAUGGAAAUGCUGUUGAUCUUGGUCAGAUGAGCAGCUUUUACAUAGGACUGGGAUCACGGAUUAAUUGUAAUAUAUUCUCAUAUGAUUAUUCUGGAUAUGGUGCAAGUUCUGGGAAACCAACAGAGAAGAACUUGUAUGCAGACAUUGAAGCUGCUUGGCUUGCUCUUAGGACAAGGUAUGGCAUUCGCCCUGAAAAUGUGAUUAUAUAUGGCCAAAGUAUAGGGACUGUACCAUCUGUGGAUCUUGCUGCUCGAUAUGAGAGUGCUGCUGUUAUUCUUCAUUCUCCUUUGACCUCAGGAAUGCGAGUUGCUUUUCCUGAUACCAAGAAGACCUACUGCUUUGAUGCAUUCCCAAACAUUGACAAAAUCUCUAAAAUAACCUCUCCAGUAUUAAUAAUUCAUGGGACUGAAGAUGAAGUCAUUGACUUUUCACAUGGCCUCGCGUUGUUUGAGCGUUGCCAAAGACCUGUGGAGCCUCUGUGGGUUGAAGGAGCAGGUCACAAUGAUGUGGAACUUUAUGGACAAUACCUUGAAAGGUUGAAACAGUUUGUGUCACAGGAACUGGUAAAUUUGUAAAAUUCUGUAAGUUUGCAUACUGAGUCUUUUCUUGAUGAACUGCACUCUUCAGCAAAUAACAUAAAACCUGAAGGUUUUGUUUGCAAAUCAUGUCAGUUGCCUUCAUAAAUGUACAGGUAAUGAUUUGUUAACAGACUUAAUGAGGGUUUAAAUUACCAGAACUAGAAACUGGAAGUAACAGUAUCAUGCAGUCAGGCUGUAUAAUUUAUAUUUUUUCUGUGAAUUUUUUUUAAAACAUCAAGAUGAGUACUGUAUGAAAUUUUAAUUCUAUAAAAUCAAAUGCUGUGAAAGUAUUGCCAAAUGCUUUUGCAUAUCAGAAACAAAUUUAUAAAUAUUUUUAAAACAUCUCAGUGUACUAAAUCUUAUCCUGGUAUACAAAUGUAAUAUUCUUUUCCAAAACAGCUGUAUAUCUAAAGCAAUUAAGUACUCAUAAACUGUAAAAAAAAAAAAAGAAAGAAAGAAAGAAAGAAAAGAAAACAUGUAAGUUCACUAGAGUUGACCUAAACCCUGUUGUAUAGGGAUAGAGGUUUAAACGGUCAUUUUAUUGUAUAAUACAUGGAAUUUUCUGUAUUCUCUUGUUAUCAUACAUUUAUCUUUACAAAAAAAAAAUGAUGUAAGUCUUAAUUUUUAUGCCAUCUGUUAAUUUACCAAUUAGUUACCUUGUAAAAGAAGUCAAGAUAACACUGGAUUUUGGCUAGUUUUGAGUUAUACGGUUGGCACUGUGAGGCAACUACUUAAAAUUUUCAUUUUGGUCAUUUGAAAGGCAUGUAGAUCUUCAAAAAUGGUUUUGUAUGCAAUGUUUUAAAUUUUGACAAAUCUCAUAGAAUUGCAGUGCUCUUCGUUAUAUGAAAACCUGAAAGUCCAUUAGUUCUUCAAGACCACAAACUGACUGGCUAUUUGGUCCCUUUUCACUUUGGCUAUUUUUAAGAAUAGGACCUAUUUUAGAUUUACUAUCUGAGAAUUUCACGGAUCUGCUUCUGGAUACAGGAGAUAAGAAAACAUUUAAUUCAUAACUUUUAUAUUAACCAAUAUAGUAAAAAAAUAAAGCUCACACACACAAAAACUAAGUUGCCUUUCCUUGAAUGAAUCCUGCCUGAAUAAAACAAUGAAAGAAAAAAAAUAAAAUUCACGGUAUGUAGUCUAAUUUGUAAAUGAAUGAAUAUUGAAAUAAUACACGCUGUGGAUAUAUUUUAAGGCCUUAUGUAGUUUUAAUUGUUCUGCUUGUUCUGUGGUUAUGUCUAAGACUAUAGUAUAUGAUUCUCUUCAAAGUAUAUCAAGUAUUGUGAAUGCUUUGGUUCAGAUG